AAAUCAAAACAAUUUUGCUGCGGGUUGCUUUCGAUUUUCUCGUAUUUUUGCACUUUGCGUAUAGAUAACAGCGUAAUAUUUUGUGAUUUUGCAGAGUUUUCAUUGUGUGCUUAUCGGAGUUAAAAUCUUAUCUUCCGAAAGAGUGUGAAAAAGUUACAAGAAAACCAGCUUGUCCGUAAUAAUAAAACAAGAAAGGUAUCCAUAAAGAUGUGAUAUCAUGUACAGGAGUUUUCCCGGAAGUGAAAUAACAUUUUCAUAAUGGUUUAGAAGAUAAAUUAAAAUAGGUGAUUCUCAUAAAUUUGACUACAAAGAUGUCCGAGAUCUCUUGGUUUUCAGCUUUCGCAGAGCUGAACGAAGAGGGCAGGCUCCGAGUUGUUCCGGACGUAGAUCAUCCCCUUCGAUAUGCUACCAAGCUAAAGACAUCCGGAGAGUAUCAAUUGUUGCUAACCGUAGACGGAAAUUUAUUUAUCGGGGAGCAUCACGUUCGCGAGAAAAGCAUUCAAUUCGUCCUGCUCCGGUCAGACGUGUCCGACUUCGAUACCGAAGGCAACUGGAUCUAUGUGGUAGAUCGAGCGGAAGGAAAAGUGUUCCAGGGAAAAAAUGACUCGAUUGGCGAAUGGACUCCCCUUUUCGAAGAGUGCAAUGAGAAGUUCAAUCAUAUUUGCUGCAACAACAAUGGGCUGCUGCUGACAACAUCCGUAUCCGGUCAGCUCUGCGCCAUGGGAGAUUUCGGGAAUGUGUUCCAGCAUGAGGCACUUGCUCCGGUCAAAGAAACCUCCAACAUGACGGUGGUUCAGAUGUCCGCCGGAAUUGAUUUCGUUGUACUCUGCCAUCGGAAUCGGUCCAAAACGCAGGACAGUCGCAGCCCUUCUAUCGCAGAAAAGAAACAGAUUGGGUGUAUGGAUUGGAGAAAUAUUUACGAAGAUCGUCAGUUUGGCAAACCGUCAGCCGGAUAUGACGAAUCGGGCAGUGCCUUUGGCCGGAUGAUUCACGAAACAGGUGUGGCGAGCUUCGGUAAAGUUAAUAAAGGACAACUAGGCACUGGAGACCACAUACGCCGGGACAAAAUCGUCCACCUGAAACUGAACAACGUUGCCAAGCUGGUAACCGGUUGUGUCCACUCGGCGGCUCUCACCGUCGAAGGAUCUCUCUACCUCUGGGGUGAUUCCGAAAUAAACCAAGCCACCCCGGCUCCAGAUUCCAGCAGCGCAUCCUCGCUAACCAGUGGCAGCACCCCAUCCAUGUUCGGAAAGUCCAAGCAAAUGCUCGACGUGGCAUGUGCCAACUUUCAAACCUGUGUCGUAACAAAUGAUCUGCAGAUCUGUGAUAUUCGAUCAGAUGAGGCGCGCAUGAACUACGAAUGCGCCGAUAGGAAACGCUUCGGGGAAAUGCUCGAUGGGUUGAAUUUGGAUGACGUCCCGCUCGUUUUGACGAGUCACAGUUUGGUUAUAGUAAAUCACAUGCCAAUCAAUAAAGAGGGCUUGAAAAUUUACAGUAAGGAACAGCAAACGGUUCAGAAAUUGCUAAAGCAAAACUUUCUCGCGAAAAAGUUAGGCCAGGAACCCUCUCUUCGCGUCUUCUACAAAGCAUGUGCUCAAAUGUUUUACUUGUAUUUAGUAAAUCUCAAAGCGCUGAAAAAAUUCCUGUUCGAGAAUGAUCUUACCAAGAUCGUGUCACUACUUCUACAUGACGAAUAUUUGCACCUGUAUAGAAUCGUUGUCAAAAGCUUCUGCGACAGUGAAUGUCUCGGACUGAUUGGGGAACAGGAAGAAACACUGCUACAAACAUUCCUAGAAAAUGUAAAAAAUUCUAUCGAGUUGAUCGAAAUUCUAGUCAAUGGAAACAAAAAUCUGAACGAAGAAAUUGAAACAAGGUUGCUCAACAUUAAAAGCGAUUGGCUGAAAUUCACCAACGAAGAAGUCCCGGAACAAAUGGGCAAACUCAUGAAAAUGACCAAAGACUUUUGGUGUAAAGACGAUAAUCUGAGGUGGUUUUCUCUUAAACAAGCCGACCGAAGGGUUGUCCUGGACUCGGUCCAAGUUCCUCUGAAGUUGCUCGAAGUAAAUCUUUUUUCGUCAUCGCCACGUUUUGUUCUUUUUUCCGACGUACUGACCUACCUGUCCGGGAUCAAUCUAAUCAUUUAUCCGUUGAGACUGAUAUGGAUAUCGACCGCCGUUAGAACUGUGCUCAAAAAUAGAGACAAGGACAAGCUGCGAUUCAUAGUUAAUAUAAUAACCCCGGAGGAAGUAAUCCACUGUUACACGCUUAACUCUUCCGAUAAGCUAGUCUGGAUGAACAGUUUGAAAACGCACAUAAUGAGAAAUUUGGAGAAGGAUCCAACCGAAAAACAAUCCAUGUACCGUUGGGAAAAGUACAAGUUCAGUGCGAAGCAUCCAAAGUUCAGCGACAUGGAAUACACCGGAAUAUGGAAGAUGGGACAGGUGGAUGGCAUUGGAGAGCUGCGAUCUACGGAACGCACUUACAAAGGCGAGCUAUAUCGCGGGGACAUUACCGGGUACGGUUGCAUGAACCGGACCCAAUGUGGCAUUGGGACCAUUUAUGAAGGCGACUUUAUUCAGGGCAAAUACGAAGGUUACGGCAAGCUCAAAUCGAUCAGUUGGCAUACUUCCCACUAUUUCAAGUAUCGCGGUUACUUUCGGGGCGAUAAGUACAACGGAUUUGGAGCACUCACCACCAGCUCGUACCAGUACAACGGGGAUUUCGUCAACGAUGCCAAGGAAGGUUUCGGGGUAGUGGAUGAUACGCUUAACGGAAUAAAGUAUAUCGGGAUGUUUACCAAUGAUCGCAAGCAUGGCAGCGGUAUUCUGAUAACCACCAACGGGACGUACUACGCCGGUUUAUUCAGUAACGAUAUGUUAGUGAGCUCGGCCGAUGGAUUGGCCAUUUUUCCCAAUGGUACAUAUUACCAGGGUGAACUCACCAUUGAUGGUCCCUGCGGGAAGGGGAUUUUCUAUUAUCCAGAGAAGGAGAUGCCCUCCGAGACCUUUGAGUUAGACGAUAGGAAUGUAAAAAUGAGCGGCCACACGUUGUCCGGGAGCUUUUCGGGUACUUGGGAAACCGUCAAAGUAUCUAACGGCUCUAUGACAAUGUACGCCCAAUUCAACAAAGUUCCAAUUUUGGACCUUAAAAUCAAUGCAGAGCGCAAGUGGGCUUCCAUCUUCAACUGCUUCCACAUUUCACUGUUUGGCACCUGUGAUAUAGGAACCAUUCGCAAUAUGGAUGUGAAAAAAAUCUGGAAUCGAAUAGCCGUCCACAUAAAUCGUGCCAAGCGAAAAGACCAAUUGAAGACCAACAAAUUUGAAACGCGUUUUGCCGAACUGGACGAUCAAUCGGCGGAACGAAUAUGUCUAAGCGGCUAUCGAAUGACCAAUUAUUCUACUGCUUCCCUGCGCUCCAGUAUAUCGGAUUCUCGCCUAACGCUUAACUCAAACCCCAACGAGCCAUCAUCAGUAACGCCCAGUGAUUCAAUGGUAGCUUUAGACAAUCUGUCGAUACGAAGUUUUAACUCUUUCAUGUCCCGGGAAAACGAUGACGAUUUCCUACUGAAUACCGGAGGACCCAACGAUCGGUCUUCGCCAUCACGAGACCUAGAUAUUGUACCUGACUUUUGUGUUAAUACUAUGGAGCGGAAGGAUUUGGAACAGCUGCGGGAAUACCUGGAGCUAGCAUUUCAAAACAGCUUCCAUCCACUGCAUCAGCUGUAUGAAAAAUUGUCCAACUGUUUCUAUUCCACGUACAGCUGCUGGAAGUUCACGCCACAUUCGAUACUCAGCGAGCCGGCCAUGAACGAGUGGAUAUCGAUAGUCAGCCGCAUCUAUACGUUGGUACUGACCGUUAUGUUCCCUGCGCUACCGAAGGAUUCCAUCGUAAUCGAUGACGAACUUUUAUCAUAUCAAUCAUUGCUGUUUCCUAUCCUGAUGACCCAGGGCAUUUAUUCGGCCCUUUUCGUCCUGUACGCUAGCAAGUGUAGCAAAAAUGAUGAAAUCUACCGUCAAAGGAUACUCAUUUGUGAGAAGAAAACGGACGAGAACCUGAUUCAAUUGUUAGAUAUCAAUAGAAACCUCGCACCCGUUAUUAUCAGUCAGAAAUACCAAAAAGCAAUCGAAAGCCUGAAUCGGUUCAAGGAAAAGUGCUGUCCUAGCGAAAUGAUGAAACAUAUCAGUGAAGCCUUUUGUAUGGUCGAUCAGGCGAGCAAGGAGCAUGCUCCCAAAAUGGACAUAACGGCGGACAGCCUAGUAGAGCUAACAAUACUGCUGAUCAUCAAGGCCAACAUUCCCCAGCUGGGUGCCGAAAUCAGUCUGCUCGAGGAUCUGCUCCAGAACGACCAGUUCGUCGGUGGCUAUCGGUGGAACACCCAGCAGGACUACUGCCUGACCACGCUGAAGGCAUCCUACCAGCAUAUCAUUAGCGAUAACUUUUUCGUCAACAAAAUGUUCGAAGCCAGCUCACCAUAGAAGAUCAUCAGAUUCGCUAACUGUAUGCAGGUUCCUAAAAUUGAGGUAAAAAGUUUAUUAGGAUCGGAGUGUUUUGUAAAUUUUUGUGAAAUGUGAAGCGAUUUAGAGCUUUAAAUCGUGCAGAACUCAAGCAUGUGUCUCAGAUUCAAACCUAAAAAAUCAAUAUUAAGUGAGAAAUCUUUUGAUGUAGAUUACUUCAGUCUUAGCCGCCAAGAGGGCUAAGUUUUGUCGACAAACCAAAAUAACCACCCUGUUACGUUUGCUUCAAUCAUUUCGAAGUUAAGUUUGCCUAGUCUGAUGUCGAUAUAUUGUAAAAUUAUAGAA